AUGUGCAAAGCAGUUCGAUACGUCUACCCCGAGUGCGGUCAUCCCGUUGAUCCUGACCCGAAAGCCUGGGUCCUCGAGAAAUGUAUUCCUGCAGUAUCCUUCAACAGAGAUUGCUGGCUCCCUCGCGACCUGCCCGAGAACUUCAUCGAGGAGAAGCCCUGGCCUAACGAUAACCUCGCUGAGCCUUGCCACAUGCCUCACCAGCCAGCCUACUCUGACGCUACCUUUGAGGCCAUGAAUGCAGAGAUGCAGGACAGGCAUGACUCCCCUUCUUCAACUACCCUCAGCGUCCACAGCAAAGACUACACCCAAAUCUCCAGCCUCACGAUUGACGAAAUCGACUCCAUUCAAGGAGAGGAGUUCGACUUCUUCGCUCCUGUAGAAGUCAUCUUUGACUUUGAUGAGCCCGUUAUCCUCGCAGACAAGUCUGUCCUUCGCGACCUCGAACCUCUCUACCUGGACCCAGCCGACAAUUAUCACAUGGACGAGAUCAAGCUCCUCGAAGACGAUGAGGUCGAGGACGCUGAACUCACCGCCUAUGAAGCAUCUCGUGUCUAUACCGAGGAGGAAAUCGCCUUCUUUACCAAAAUGAUCGAAGAGACAAACGAAGAGCUCGCCAUCGCUUCAGCGGAGGAUAACAUUGACUGGGCUAGAGUUGCUGCUGUAGACACAUCUGCCCCGCUUGACUACGACUCCUACUUUGAGGAGAGUGAGGAUGAAAACAUGGACGUGAAGAAUUGGCCUUGGUUCAAGUCCUGA